AUGGCUCGAGUGGAUUAUCGAGAUAUAGUCAUUCAGACGUGUUUUGAUGCGGUUGAGAAGACUAUGAGAGACUCAAGAUGUACAUCUACAGCACUACUAGCGAGAAAGUAUCAUAUUCUGAAAGGUGUGUGUUACAAGUCAGGUGAUCCGAUUCCGAUGUGUUUAAGAAACGAUCAAGAAGAGAUUGAGAUACCUCGAUCCAAGAACAUGCAGGAGGCACAGGUUACGAAGAAGAUAGAAAGGGAUAUAUGUCAAGACAAAAGUACAAUGUUGGAUGACAGAGGACCGAUAACGGCGGUUAGUGGUCAAAAUGACGACUCAGUGCUGAAUAUGUUGGCGCAUGUAAACCAGACCGAUGACAGUACUUCAUUGAUCAAGGAGGUAUCUUGCAUCGAUAUGGAUCUGCAACAACAGCUUGUGAAAUUACAGCUGAAGAAAAAGUUGGAGUAUCAAUUAGUUCAUCGUGGACGGUAUGAGCAUCUUCCAGCUGAUCCAAAUAACCGAGUCCCUGAUAAUGUGUUUCGCCCUGAAGAACUGGUGAUCAAAGUGAGUAUUCCUCUUGCUACAAGUGCUAAAGGGAUUGACGUGGAUGUGAGCGAGCAGAUGUUGCGAUUAUCGGUGGAUCUUGAUGUGGUUGGCAAUUACGAGCCGCUAGAGCUGGCAUUGCCAUUUCCCGUGAUUGAAGACAAAAGCUGUGCCAGAUUUGACCGCAAGAAACAUCACCUAGUAAUUACUCUACCAGUACAGCCUCCAAAAUCCAAGCCACAGUCCCAUUCGUUGGUCGUUCAGGAUGACGACGAAGAAGCAGAGAACAAGGAAUUACCUCAAAAUAUAGUGGGAACGCCGGAAAGCAGUAAGAUGGUUGCCACAGAACAAACAAGGAAGGGCGAGGAGGGCUUGCUUAUGCUCCAAAAGACGACAUCAAUGGUGGCAAAAGACCCUCAGGUGGUGGUAAACAAUCCGCUCAAAGCUCAGCGACUCUCUCCAACAGCAGUAACUAGUUCGCCGCGAUCUGCAGUGACUGAGCUAGCUGCAACCAAAGACGACAUUUCGGACAAUUUGCCACCGCUUACGAGCUGUGGCGACGAGGAGACUGAUACAUUGGAGCCUCGCGCUGAAGAAAUGAAGUCACCUUCAAAUAUGUUGGCACCUGUUAAAUUAGCAUCCAAAGCCUUGAAACCGAUCAAGCCAUAUUUUGAGACUCAUGAUACUUUGGAGUGCUUAUCGUAUAUCGUUGGUGUUGCUGGCAUCGACUCGACGAGCGUGAAACUCACUUUUCCGUCAGAUAGUUCACUGCACCUCCAAUUUGCAGACAGUGAAAAGAAAGUGUAUGAAAUGCUUAUUGCUGCCUUUCCAGUCGAUAUCGAUCCGUCCACUGCUGAGUUUGACGUGGCUAGUGAGAACAUGGUGGUCAUUCUUCGCAAAUCAAAUACGCAGCUUUCAAAUAUAGAGGCUUGA